GUAAAAAAAAAGCCUUCAACUCACAAUGGUCUCGCAGUCCACUUUCAUGCGCACGCUAUGAUGUGUGGAUACCAUACAACAGAGCUUAUUGCAGCAGUUUUAUGCGGUUUAGUAUUUUUUUCCCUGUUCGGAUACUACUGACUGGGGCAUUGGAUAUGUGCACGCGGGAUGAUGAAAACCCCUUUCCUCCCCGCAGAAGUAAGAUAAAAUAGGGUUUCGAAUACAUUGGAUUUACUCCUCUCGUUCCAUAUGAAGAAGUCAAAAAUUUGGAUACGCAUCUGUGUCCAUUUAUUGGUGUGCACCACAUUUGGAGUUCACUCAAGUGAAUUUGGAGAUGCUGUAACAGAUGACAUCACAAGCAUUUCACUAUUGAAACAAAAUAUACCUAAAGAUUACAAGAUUCCAGUGACAUAUAUUCCAAAAGAAGUGGGUGGAAUGUGUUGGGUCACGCUAAAUGUUUUCCACUUGGAACUCAGUUUACGAGGAUUAGCAGACAAGUUUGGAAACAUUUCAUCCAACAAAUAUAAUAUCAGCAUAUUGAUCGAAAUGCUGAAAGAGACGCGAUAUCACAUGAAGAACUUGGAGGUGAUCACAUCUGAUUUUGAGUGCCACUAUAGAGAUGAGAAAUGGCAGACAGGACACUAUUUUCAGUUUGUUGAAGAUUUUCUAAACACGGCCCGUUCGAAUAGAGAUUUGCCAGAAGAAUGCGAUCCACCUCCCUGUCCAACAACAACAAAGGCAUCAGCAACUACAAUAACAACACAAUACCCCGCAUCAGGGAAAGAGCCUCUGAGGUUCCUGCCAGAAGUAGUGGAGAGAAGCCUCCUGUCACUACUUGUAAUUCCUAUUGCGGCCAUCAUAUUUCUGUUUGUGUGGAAGGUGAAAUCCAGGAGCAACCAACAUCAAUCAGAUGAACUGAAAUCAGUGGAAGGAGGCCACUUCACAGGAACAGAAGAGAGUUUGGCACCUCCACUAGAUGACAUUUCUGAAAAGAACAGAUUGAACAUCAUUGAGGCAGUGUAAUUGUUCAAUCCUUGGAAAUUGGUGUACAGAGGAGUCAUCUAAGAAAGAGCGAGCAAACAUAAAACUACAUUUCUUACGGUGAAAGACUUGCUUCUUUCCUGUCCAGAAACUGACAGUCUUCUCAUACCAGAACCAGAUAAUGGCGCACACAAAAAUGUGCUGUCUUAUCACUCCUGCAAUAAGCUGGGAGUUGUUCUUGCGAGAGUAUAUUAACCUGUCAUCUACUAUCGAAUUUCAUCAAAUGAAGCUGAAAAGGAGUGUGAUUCGUAUGGAAACAUCUGGAGAUUCCAAUAACUGUUCAAAACACAGUGAACUUCACGGGACAAUGUUGGUUUCACAAGCACUCCUCCGUUUGCACUUUUUGUAGGUUUGGCUGGAGCAUGGACACUGGUUCUACCCAAGAACUCAGCAUAGAACAAACACCUAUAAAUGGCUUUCUUUCAUUAGGACUGAAGCAUAAAUGACUACCUCUAGUCGCCCUGCCCUCACUUUCCUCAACUUCUUCUCAGCAGCAUUACACUCUACUUCCUUCUCCAUCUUGGUUUCCAUUGGACGAUCCCUGAGAAUCUAUUUUGAAAUGAGUUAUCUAGAAAUAUUCUCAGAUUUAACCAUCUGUUUUAUUUGAUGUUUUUGGCUAUGUACGUACGGAAGGGAUGAGGUUGUGUGAUGUAUUUAUUUAUUUGCUUACUCGGAAUGCUGACAGCAUAAUAUUGCUGCAGUUGGAGAAAGAAACUGUCAGUGAUUCAGCUCAUCUAUAGAAAUACUAAAUGAGCAGGAAAAGGUCUACUAGGGUGGUUUAUAAAGACUAUAUAACUCAUUAUUCUGCAAUGCAUAAAGCCUCCUUAAACAGCACACUGGAAUCUAUAAACACAUGCGUUAUCUAUAUUAAGACAGCCAUAGAAUGAUGUAUGUAUGAUGGUGUUGUUAAUUGCUUAUGAAUGGAUUGUAUGAAAGGCUUUUGUUGGAGUUGUAAAUGUAAAAAAGAAUGUGCUACUUUGACUAACUUUCAUUUAUCCCAUUAUAUACAGUAAAAAAUGAUUGUCCCUAUAGCAAUCAAGGGUAAAUCUUACAUAUCCAUAUUGAUUUAGAUCAGACAUUGAGGAUCUGAUAACGCAAGGUUUUUCUAUGCCCUCAAUGCACAAGAAAGAAGUGGUCUAGCCUCAAGUAAACCAGUUUUGCAUCAGAUUCUGCAAUUACAUUAUAACUCUGCUCUGGUAUGUUGCAGCCUCACCACCCAUAAGGUAUAUUAUGUAUGUUGCAUGUACACAGCUGUACAGUUUAACAAUGUGUUAAAGUGGUUCAAAGCUAUGAAUUGAAAUUGAGCCAAGAAACAUUUUUACUUGAACAAUAUACUUGUCACUCCAGUAACCAAGUACCCUAAUGAAUUAUGUUCCAAAUAACCUUCAGUAACCUAUACAGAAAGUGAGCUAAAAUGUUUAUUUCUGAGUUAACGAUAUUAGAAAAUGUUCUUAACACGCACGUCAAAAGCCAGAAUAUAUCAAAGUUUGUAGAGGACCAGACUCUAAAAUUCACCAUUAUUUAGAAAAGUGAUAUGAUCUGUGAGGACAGUGUCUAGCAGUUUAUCCACUGUCUAUCAAAUCGUGUGGUACUCUUGUUGUACUCAGCAACACAGGCUACGAUAUUGCAGCCUAAUUAUGAAGAUUAGUCUGAUAAAAGUUAGGUCCGCAGUCAUGGCCAUCAUUCUAUUAUACCCAAAAUGUUUUGUAUGACAUUUCACCAACUCAUCAGGAGACUACUAAGAAUUGAGGCAAACCGUUGAAAAAAACAGCAACAUGGAGGACCUGAGACCAAGAACCCGUCUCAUUGAUAGGUGUUGGUUGCCUCUGUGACCAUGAACCGAUGGUAUAGAAAGUGCUAGAAAGUGUUGUGGACCAUACCUAGAGAGUGUUGAAUCAUUGCCCAACUGGUUGUAAUGAUCUCACACCAAUGGAAACAACUUGUUACUUGUCAUUGUGGCCCUUAUAUGUUAACCCAUUACCCUCAUUUCAAUACACAAUUUUGAUACUAUCCAAACAAAUGGACCCUAAGCCUAAGUGUAAACCAUAUUAAAUAUCAGGACACAGUCAGGGCAAUAACCCUCCUUCACUUGAACACUUAUACUUCACAACACCGAGCUCUUAUAACGCAAUUCUACACUAAAUAACAUGUGACAGAAAAAUGCAUUAAACUCCACUUUAAUUUAGAAAAUCCUGCCUGCAUGUAAUGUUUUAGCUGUUGUACUCUUUUUAUAGGAAACUGUUCAAAUGGUAAAACCUGUUUAUUUCACCAAGUGUAUUUGGGACAUUUUCCUCUGGCACUUUUCUGUUAGAAGAGUGUUUUUUAUCAUGCAAAAUGGAGUGUAGGUAAAAAUAAAAUAAAAAACACAUUGGUGUUCAUAAAGUGACAGUU